AUGGUGAGGGUUGGUGAAGCAUUGAGCGUAUCGACCUCGUCGUCUUCAUCGCUCUACGACAGCGAAGCAGAAGAGCUUCAAAAAAUGUCACUGGAACCACCGAGAGUUAAGGCCAAGAAACGUCUCUCAAAGCAGCUCUCAAUGCUGGAGACUCGAAGAGACAUCGCAUGGGAGCGUCGCCGUCGCCAGAUGGUCCAUCACAUCGAGAGUAAGCAAAUAAACGAAGGAGGAGAAGACUUAACGGACGAGGACUUGAGUGAGCUCAAAGGCUCUAUUGAGUUAGGGUUUGGGUUUAACGAGGAGGAAGGGCAACAACUUACAACUACAUUGCCUGCAUUGGACCUUUACUUCGCCGUGACCCGACAGGUCUCGCCGGUUUCUACGCCAGGGAGCGGUGGAUCUUCAUCCUCCCGACCAACUUCCCUUGGAGACCGAUCCUCCUCUUUUGGUAGUCCGAUGAGCGACUCCGAUGGCUUGAAACUUAUGUCUCCAGGAAGGUUGUGGAAAUGA